AUGGCUUUCGAUACGAUUAGAGAAAAAAGUGGCUUUUCAUUUGCCCAUGAUGAUCUUAUUGCAGACAGAGUUCGUAAAAGAAAGAACAUCCAUUUUUUCGAGGUCAGGGAACUUCCAAAAGGUGUGAAACCCCAUCCCGACCCUAUAUCGGUUGCCGGAGGUAUGCCUAGUCAUGGCUUUUUCCCGAUUGAAUCAAUUGAUGUCAACCUUGAUUCUGAGCCAUUCUCUUUUGAUGGUAAGGACUCAUUCAACAUUCCAGACAUUUCAAAAGACGAAGAUAUUAUUGAUUUACAGAAUGCGCUUCAGUAUGCCGAUACUACUGGCUUUCCUGCCUUAAAAAGGGCCACAAAAGAGUUUGUUAGCCGUGUGGUUAAACCAAAGAUGGAUGAAUGGUCAACCAUAAUUACUCUAGGGGGUGCUGAUGGAAUUUCCAAAGUUAUGGAUGUCCUUGUGAAUCCAGGCGAUUCAGUACUCUUUGAGGAAUUCACUUUUACGCCGAUUUUAAAUUAUUGUAUGGAGAGGGGUGGAAACCCAGUGCCAAUUAAGCUUUCAGAAGUUAUGGAGAACAAUACCUUAGGUAAGAUGGAGUAUGCUGAUGAAUUAGAGCAGAUGCUUAGCCAUUGGAAGGAAAGAUACCCUAAGCUUCCCCUUCCAAAAUGUUUGUACACAAUCCCAAAUGGUCACAACCCAUUAGGAGUUGCUCAAACUUUUCAACAAAAGAAGAAGAUAUAUGCAUUAGCAGAGAAGUACAACUUUUUCAUAAUUGAAGACGAACCAUAUGCUUAUCUCAAUUUCUCUCCAGUGGGCGAAAAACCAAAUUUCAAACUCACAAAUGAUGAAUUCAUAAACAAACUUUAUCCGUCGUAUACUACUCUUGAUAAGUCAGGUAGGGUGUGCAGACUUGAGACAUUUUCAAAGAUAUUUGCUCCAGGUACCAGGCUUGGCUAUGCUACUGGCCAUCCACAGUUUUUAGAAUACAUGAAAACGUCAGCCAACCUCUACACUAGAGCCCCAAGCGGUUUGUCACAGGCCAUUGUCAAUGACACAAUUGCUCAUCUUGGUGGUACUGAAGGCUGGAUUCAUUGGAUCACCCUUGUUAGGAAUCAUUAUUUGGAAAGAAAGAAUGCACUUGUGAAAGCUAUUAAAGAUUCCGAUGCAGGUAAAAAAGGCUACUUGUUACCAUUAGAUCCAAGUUGUGGUAUGUUUGUUUCCUGCAAAAUAAAUUUCGACAAGUCGAAAGAGCCCCAAUUUUCGGAGUUGAUGCAGGAAUUCCUUCUCAAUUGCCAGAUUGCGGGAGUUCUUCCAGUUUUGGGAAUUAACAUGGCUGUUGACAAAGCCUUCUCAGCCUCAAGAGGAAACUUUAUACGUAUCGCUAUUUCCUAUCCUGACAAGAUAUCUGUCUUAGAGGAGGCUGCAAAACGUCUUUCCUCUGCAGCAAUCCGGACAUUUGAAGACCUCUAG